AUGGAUUUUCAAGCCAACAAAGCCAUCAGUUGUACCAAAUAUCGGUUCCUGUACUUCAACCCAAACUUCACUAAAUCUCUCAAAUGGCAGUGGCUCUGUAACCAACAUGGACCCAUCGAGUAUAGAAACCGGAAACGUAAGAUAAUUGGAUCACCUCCAUCGGUGAAUUCAAAAACUAAACAAAAGAAAGCAAGGCCAGGUUCGAACAUUACAGGACCAUCGAGUUCUGGUCUUCCACCAUUGUUUGAAACAGAUUCAAAUCCUGAAGCUACUCAGUGUCCAAACCAAAACAAAACAAAUGAAUUCAUUCGUCCACCAAGGUUCAUCGUACAUGACCAUCCUGAAGCUUAUAAUAAUCGAUAUGAAAUGGAGAGUGAGUCUGAAAAUGAAGAUGAAUAUGACGACAAUCAGACUUACAGUGGCUAUCCUGGUGGAGAGUCUUUGAUAAACCCAUCACCACAACAUAUCCCACAACAAGAAAAUCAUACCGUUACUUCAUCUAUUACUAUAGGGUUACAAAAAAACGGUUAUUACGACGAAGGGGAUCCAGUUUGGAAUUGUAGGUUUUGUCAAGCAUACAUGUGGUAUGGUGAAAGAAUUGGAAAACGCCGUCGUAGCAAGAAACCUGUCUUCUCAAUGUGUUGUAAACAUGGAAAAGUUGUGCUUCCUCGCCUCGCGAAUCCUCCAAUGGAGUUAAUGUAUUUGUUAUGCAAAGGAGACGAAUUAAGUAAACAUUAUCGAGAGUUUAUCCGAGCUUACAAUAUGAUGUUCUCUUUCACAUCACUUGGGGGGAAGAUAGAUCAUUCUAUUAACAAUGGUCGUGGACCAUUUGUUUUUCGAAUGUCCGGUGAGAACUAUCAUCGUAUUGGUGAUAUAGUUCCCGAGCCUGGACAAGCUCCAAAAUUCUCCCAGCUGUAUAUCAUUGAUACUUUAAAUGAGAUAAAAAAUAGACUUGACGCUUAUGCCGGGUCGGACGGAGCUAGCGCUAAGAAACUAAGAGAACCACUUGUUCUUCUUCUGCAGAAUAUGUUAGAUCAGUAUAAUCCUCAUGUUAAGGCUUUUAGAUCUGCAAGAGAUAGGUUCGACGUGGAAGGAUCAACAGGUUAUAGGAUGAGGUUGAUUGAAAGUCGGCAAUCUGAUGGACGGACCCAUAAUCUGCCCACUGCAAAUGAAGUUGCUGCUUUGAUACCUGGAGAUUUUGUUUUAAAUAUGGAGCCCCGAGAUAUUGUUCUAGAGAGUACAAGUGGAAAGUUGCAAAGGAUAAGUGAAUUACAUCCGGCGUAUUUGCCUCUGCAGUAUCCACUAUUGUUUCCAUAUGGAGAGGAUGGUUUUCGAUUAAAUAUUCCAAUUGGUUUUGAAGACACGGCUGGGAGAAAACGCAAAAAUGUAACUAUGCGUGAAUACUUUGCAUUUCGCAUUUUAGAGAGGAAGGGGGAAGCACCCACGAUUACGAGAUCCGGAAGAUUGUUUCAUCAGUUCCUUGUGGACGCCUACACAAUGAUAGAAUCGAGUAGACUGCGUUACUUAUGGCUGAAUCAGAAAAAACUCCGGUCAGUUAGUUAUGAUGCAAUCCAGAAGGUAGCUGCAAAAGGCGGAGCUAAGAUGGCUGAGCAAGGGAGCCGAAUUUUCAUCCCAGCAACUUUCACCGGAGGAAAACGUUAUAUGAAGCAGCAUUACUACGAUGCCAUGGCUUUGUGCAAGUACUAUGGAUUUCCAGAUCUUUUCAUCACUUUUACGUGCAAUCCAAAAUGGCCUGAAGUUACAAGGUAUCUGAAAAAAUAUAACCUUACCGCCGAAGACAGACCUGAAAUUUUGUGUAGAGUUUUCAAGAUGAAACUCGAUAAUCUUAUUGAGUUUUUGACAAACAAGGACGGCUCCUUAUUUGGCCCAGUUUCUGCAGUAAUGUACACGAUUGAGUUUCAGAAAAGAGGAAUGCCACACGCUCAUAUUCUCGUCUUCAUGCAAAAUGGAGCCAAAUUUCCAACAGCUGAUCAUAUAGACACUAUUAUAUCGGCUGAGAUACCUGACAAGACGGUAGAUCCAGACCUGUAUGCAAUCGUUGGGGAUUGUAUGAUGCAUGGUCCUUGCGGUCCAGCAAAGAAGGAUAAUGUAUGUAUGGUUAACGGUAAAUGCUCUAAGAUGUUUCCGAAACGACUGAACAUCAGGACAUCGAUUGACGCAAAUGGAUUUCCAGCUUACAUGCGUCGUAUUGAUGGUAGGUUCAUUGAGAAAAAUGGAAUCAGAUUAGACAAUUGA